AUGUCGUCUGAUGCUGAGAUGGCAGUUUUCGGGCCAGCUGCUUCCUUUCUUCGAAAGUCAGAAAAGGAAAGAAUUGAGUCCCAGAAUAAGCCCUUUGAUGCCAAGACCUCAGUUUAUGUGGUGGAUGCUAAGGAAUCCUAUGUGAAAGCCAUUGUACAAAGUAGAGAAGGAGGGAAAGCCACAGUCAAGACUGAAAAAGGAGAAAGUGUGACUGUUAAGGAUGACCAAGUCUUUCCUAUGAACCCUCCCAAAUACGACAAAAUUGAGGACAUGGCCAUGAUGACCCACCUCAAUGAACCUGCUGUCCUGUAUAACCUCAAAGAGCGUUAUGCAGCCUGGAUGAUCUAUACCUACUCAGGUCUCUUCUGCGUCACUGUUAAUCCCUACAAGUGGUUACCAGUGUAUAAUCCAGAAGUGGUGGCUGCCUACAGAGGCAAAAAGCGACAAGAGGCCCCUCCCCACAUCUUCUCCAUUUCUGACAACGCGUAUCAGUUCAUGUUAACUGAUCGCGAGAAUCAGUCCAUUUUGAUCACUGGAGAAUCUGGUGCUGGAAAAACUGUGAACACGAAACGUGUCAUCCAGUAUUUUGCAACCAUUGCAGCUGCUACUGACAAGAAAAAGGAAGAACCAGUUCCACAAGGCAAAAUACAGGGCACCCUUGAAGAUCAAAUCAUCAGUGCCAACCCCUUGCUGGAGGCUUUUGGAAACGCCAAGACUGUGAGAAAUGACAACUCUUCACGCUUUGGCAAAUUCAUCAGAAUCCAUUUUGGUGCCACUGGCAAACUGGCUUCUGCAGACAUUGAGACCUAUCUGCUGGAGAAGUCCAGAGUUACUUUCCAGCUCAAGGCUGAAAGGAGCUACCACAUCUUUUAUCAGAUCAUGUCCAACAAGAGGCCAGAGCUGAUCGAAAUGCUUCUGAUUACUACCAACCCAUAUGACUAUCACUAUGUGAGUCAGGGUGAGAUAUCUGUUGCCAGCAUUAAUGAUCAGGAAGAGCUGAUGGCAACUGAUAGCGCCAUUGACAUCCUGGGCUUCACUGCUGACGAAAAGACAGCCAUUUACAAACUGACGGGAGCCGUCAUGCACUACGGGAACAUGAAGUUCAAGCAGAAGCAGCGAGAGGAGCAGGCUGAGCCAGACGGCACUGAAGUGGCGGACAAGGCUGCCUACCUCAUGAAUCUCAACUCAGCAGACCUGCUGAAAGCUCUGUGCUACCCCCGAGUCAAAGUUGGCAAUGAAUUUGUCACCAAAGGCCAAACUGUCCAGCAGGUAUAUAAUAAUGUUGGUGCUCUGGCUAAAGCUGUCUUUGAGAAGAUGUUCUUGUGGAUGGUAAUACGUAUCAACCAACAACUGGAUACCAAACAACCCAGACAGUACUUCAUCGGUGUGCUGGACAUUGCUGGCUUCGAGAUUUUUGAUUUCAACAGCUUGGAGCAGCUGUGCAUCAACUUCACCAAUGAGAAACUGCAACAGUUUUUCAACCACCACAUGUUUGUGCUGGAGCAAGAAGAGUACAAGAAAGAAGGAAUUGAAUGGGAGUUCAUCGACUUUGGAAUGGACCUGGCUGCCUGCAUUGAACUCAUUGAGAAGCCCAUGGGCAUUUUCUCCAUCCUGGAAGAAGAGUGCAUGUUCCCCAAGGCCACAGACACAUCUUUCAAGAACAAGCUCUAUGACCAGCACCUUGGCAAGAGCAACAAUUUCCAGAAACCAAAGCCGGGGAAAGGGAAAGCUGAAGCUCACUUUGCACUGGUACACUAUGCCGGCACUGUCGAUUACAACAUCAGUGGCUGGCUGGACAAGAACAAGGACCCCCUCAAUGAAACGGUGGUGGGUCUGUAUCAGAAAUCUUCCAUGAAGACCCUGGCCUUACUGUUUGCUGACCGUCCAGCGGAAGAGGGCAAAAAGGCUGCAAAGAAGAAGGGAUCUUCUUUCCAGACGGUCUCUGCCCUUUUCAGGGAGAACUUAAACAAGCUGAUGACCAAUCUGAGGAGCACUCACCCUCAUUUUGUGCGCUGCCUCAUCCCCAAUGAAACUAAAACUCCUGGUGCCAUGGAACAUGAGCUUGUCUUGCACCAACUGAGAUGUAAUGGUGUACUAGAAGGUAUCCGAAUUUGCAGGAAGGGGUUCCCCAGCAGGAUCAUUUAUGGUGACUUCAAACAGAGAUACAAAGUUCUAAAUGCAAGUGCCAUUCCAGAGGGACAAUUCAUAGAUAGCAAGAAGGCUUCUGAGAAACUUCUUGGAUCCAUUGAUGUUGAUCAUACACAAUAUAAAUUUGGCCACACCAAGGUGUUCUUCAAAGCUGGUCUUCUGGGUCUUCUGGAGGAGAUGAGAGAUGAAAAGCUAGCACAGCUGAUUACACGUACCCAAGCUAUGUGUCGUGGGUUCUUAGCAAGGAGUGAGUUCAAGAAAAUGAUGGAACGAAGAGAAUCCAUCUUCACUCUUCAGUACAAUAUUCGUUCAUUCAUGAAUGUGAAGCACUGGCCUUGGAUGAAAUUAUACUUCAAGAUCAAGCCCCUGCUGAAGAGUGCUGAGUCAGAGAAGGAAAUGGCCAACAUGAAGGAAGAGUUUGAGAAAACAAAGGAAGAGCUUGCCAAGGCAGAGGGCAAAGUGAAGGAACUGGAAGAAAAAAUGGUGUCCUUGAUGCAGGAGAAAAACGACUUGCAACUUCAAGUCCAAUCUGAAGCUGAUGGCUUGGCAGAUGCUGAGGAGAGAUGUGACCAGUUAAUCAAAACCAAAAUCCAACUGGAAGCUAAAAUUAAGGAGCUGACUGAGCGGGCUGAAGAUGAAGAAGAAAUGAAUGCUGAGUUGACAGCCAAGAAGAGGAAACUGGAGGACGAAUGCUCAGAAUUGAAGAAAGACAUUGAUGAUCUUGAGCUGACACUGGCCAAGGUUGAAAAGGAGAAGCAUGCUACAGAAAACAAGGUGAAAAACCUUACAGAGGAGAUGGCGGUCUUGGAUGAGACCAUUGCCAAACUGACCAAGGAGAAGAAAGCAGCCGCCCUCCGCAAGAAGCACGCAGACAGUGCAGCUGAACUUGGGGAACAAAUUGAUAACCUGCAGCGUGUGAAGCAGAAGCUGGAGAAGGAGAAGAGUGAACUGAAGAUGGAGAUUGAUGAUCUUGCCAGCAAUAUGGAGUCUGUCUCUAAAGCUAAAGCAAAUCUUGAGAAGAUAAGCCGUACAUUAGAAGACCAGCUCAGUGAGAUUAAAACAAAGGAGGAAGAACAUGUGCGCACAAUUAAUGACCUCAGUGCUCAAAGAGCACGUUUGCAGACAGAAACAGGUGAACUGUCCCGCCAAGUAGAGGAAAAAGACGCAUUGAUUUCUCAACUCACAAGAGGCAAACAAGCCUUCACACAGCAGAUUGAAGAGUUGAAAAGGCAGCUUGAGGAAGAAGUAAAGGCCAAGAAUGCACUGGCACAUGGCUUGCAGUCUGCUCGCCAUGACUGUGAUUUGCUCCGGGAGCAGUUUGAAGAGGAGCAGGAAGCCAAGGGUGAGCUUCAGCGGGCAUUGUCUAAGGCUAAUAGUGAAGUUGCUCAGUGGAGGACCAAAUAUGAAACAGAUGCCAUUCAGCGCACAGAAGAGUUAGAAGAAGCCAAGAAGAAGCUUGCUCAGCGUCUGCAGGAAGCUGAGGAACAUGUAGAAGCUGUGAAUUCCAAAUGUGCUUCUCUGGAGAAGACAAAGCAGAGGUUGNNNNAGCCAAUUAAAUUAAUUAUUUUAUUUAUCAAAUUUCUAUGCCACCAAUGACUCGGUGACCUUUUACAGAUUCUGGCAGACUGGAAACAGAAAUAUGAGGAAACUCAGUCUGAACUGGAAGCUUCCCAAAAGGAGUCUCGGUCUCUCAGCACAGAGCUCUUUAAGAUGAAGAACGCGUAUGAAGAAUCCUUGGAUCACCUGGAAACCCUGAGGCGUGAGAAUAAGAAUCUCCAGCACGAGAUAUCAGACCUCACAGAACAGAUUGCUGAGGGAGGAAAGGCCAUCCAUGAACUGGAAAAAGUGAAGAAGCAGAUUGAGCAAGAGAAGUGUGAACUCCAGGCUUCCUUAGAAGAGGCUGAGGCCUCACUGGAACAUGAAGAGGGCAAACUCCUCCGCAUCCAACUUGAGCUCAACCAGGUGAAAUCUGAUAUUGACAGAAGAAUUGCAGAGAAGGAUGAAGAAAUUGAUCAGCUGAAGAGGAAUCACUUGAGAGUGGUCGAGUCCAUGCAGAGCACACUGGAUGCUGAAAUUAGGAGCAGGAAUGAUGCCCUGCGGCUUAAGAAGAAGAUGGAAGGAGAUCUGAAUGAGAUGGAGAUCCAGCUCAACCAUGCCAACCGUCAAGCUGCUGAAGCACUAAAGAGCCUUAGGAACACACAAGGACUGCUCAAGGAUACUCAAAUACACUUGGAUGAUGCUUUGAGAAGCCAGGAAGAUUUGAAGGAGCAAGUGGCCAUGAUUGAGCGCAGAGCAAACCUGAUGCAGGCUGAGAUCGGAGAGCUCCGGGCAGCUCUGGAACAGACAGAGAGGGCCAGAAAGGUGGCUGAACAGGAGCUUCUGGAUGCCAGUGAACGUGUGCAGCUCCUCCAUACACAGAAUACCAGCUUGAUCAAUACCAAGAAGAAGCUGGAAACAGAUAUUGCACAAAUCCAGAGUGAAAUGGAAGACUCUAUUCAGGAGGCACGCAAUGCAGAAGAGAAGGCCAAGAAAGCCAUCACAGAUGCAGCUAUGAUGGCAGAAGAACUGAAGAAGGAGCAAGAUACCAGUGCCCACUUGGAGAGGAUGAAGAAGAAUCUAGAGCAGAGUGUGAAGGAUUUGCAGCACCGUCUUGAUGAAGCAGAACAGCUGGCAUUGAAGGGUGGCAAGAAGCAGAUCCAAAAAUUGGAACAAAGAGUGCGUGAGUUGGAAGCUGAAGUUGAGAAUGAGCAGAAGCGUAGUGCUGAUGCUGUCAAAGGUGUUCGUAAAUAUGAGAGACGAGUGAAGGAGCUGUCUUACCAGUCUGAGGAAGACCGGAAGAAUGUUCUGAGACUCCAGGAUCUGGUGGACAAAUUACAACUGAAAGUGAAAUCAUAUAAGAGGCAGUCUGAAGAAGCUGAGGAACUAUCCAACGUGAACCUUUCCAAGUUCCGCAAGAUUCAGCAUGAGCUGGAAGAAGCUGAGGAGCGGGCUGACAUUGCNNAAUCAAGAAUGAAUUGUCUGAGAAUAUGUACUCAAAGGAUUAAAUUAAAGUUUAUGUUCAAAAAUAUUCAUAGGCAUGUAUAG